AUGUCAUACCGAGAGUUGAGAGGUAAGAAUAUUUUUAAAUUUUUUUCUGCUUUCUCCCUAUCCUCUUGAAAAAUAAAAAACUAAAAUCUAAAUACAUACAGCGCUCUCUCUAUAUAAGCAACCCGAAGGGACCGACAUUUUGUGUUUACUAUAGUGGGUGUUCUCUUUACAGAGUAAUUUGUUAGUGCAAAUUGACUUGGCGGGGCCAAAUUUCUUGUUUACAAUAGGGAGAGUUGCUUAAACAGAUGGUUCACUAUAUAGAAAGACCACUGUAUUGUACCUAUCGUUAGAGUAGUGACGUUUGGCAAGGAGGAAGGGGAAGGGAGAGGCAGAGAAAAUCUCAAAAAUUAAAAAAAAGGUAAAAUAAAAAAAGAAACUAUAAUAAAAUUUACAAAAUACUCUAUUCUACUCUACCCUACCUUGUCUUAUCUCUUACUCUAUCUUUGCUCUGCCCUUGCAUUAUUUUAUACUAACUGCUAAUCGGGUAAGGCGUAGAAGUAGUACCUUUUUCCUACUCUUGCCCUACCCUUGCUUUACCUUUGCCUUAUCUUCAGCCUGCCCUUGCCAUACUGUGUACCUUUUUCCCUACUCUUGCCCUACCCUUGCUUUAUUUUGUACUAACAUUUACUCUUUUUACCUUACUCUUGUUCUGCCCUUACCUUACUCUUGCUCUAUCUUUGCUUUACCCUUGCCCUACUUACUAUUUUUCUUUUGACCUACCUUUUCUUUUAACUCUACCCUAUCUUGUUUUUCCUUCAGCUCUUCUCUGCCCUAGACCUUUCUGUACUUCUUGUCUAUCCUACUCUUCCUCUUCUACUCUAAAGAACCUUAUCCUACAUAGUUUUAGGUGAAUUUAAAUUGCCUACUACACUCUUUCGAAAAAUUUAAAAUUUAAAUAUUUUCAAAAGAUUUUAAUAGUAAAUAGAAAACUUUUUAAAUCUUGUUAUUGUUAUUUCAGAUGCAGUGGAAAUCCUCCGCUUCCUAAAUUACCCUAGACUUGUUUCAAUUGAAAACUUCCGAACACCCAACUUUCCACUAAUGGCCGAGAUUGUGGAAUGGACAGUGAAGAAGUAAGUGCAGUAGAACUCCUGUAUAACGAAUUGCUAAGAACUUUUUAAUUUGUUCGACAUAGUAGAUUUUUAUCAUGGAGUAGUUUGUUAUGCAGGAAUUCAACUGUGAUCACAUAAUUUUUUUAGGUUUGAUCCAAACUAUCGUGUGCCAAAGAACAUUGAUACUGAACAAAAUCGAGUUUUGUUCGUCAAAACUUGUGUUUUAGCAUUUAUUCAGAAAGCUAGAGUCAAAAUCAAUCCAAAGAACUUGUAUCAGGUAAUGCAACCCUAACCUUUUCUUUGUUAUUGACUGUGCUUCAGCACCUUUCUCAAAAACCUUACCCUAGUCAUCGCUUUGGCUUACAACAUGUCUUGUCUUACCAUUGUUCAAUUUAAGGUUACUGUAGCUCUUGUUCUAGCUUUUAUCUUUGCUGUAUUUUAAGUUAACCUACCCUCCGUUGUCAUUAUCAGUAUUAAUAUAAAUAGUUCUACCUUAUCCUAGCUUUACUUUAUCCUAAUAAUAUUCUAGUCUAGUCAUAUCAUACCCUAGUACCACCCUAACCAAGCCUCAUCCUACUCUUGUUACUUUCGAGUUUAGUUUCAUCCUACCCUAGUUCUACCUUACUCUUGUUACCCUUGAGCUUACAAGGAAGGUACCCGACCUGCAACGCUCAGGUUUCGUUCAAACUUUUUUUAUUGAAAGGUCACGUAAAUGUAAGAUGUUAUGCAAAAUUCUAAGUUGCGGUUUGCGGCCAGUCUUGAGAAAAUCGAGAUCGAAAAAUUGCGUUUUGGAUUUCCCGCCAAAUUGGCAUUGUGUUUCAAGCUUAUAACUUUGCCAUUUUUUGACUUUUAAUCAUUUUUCUUUAAUAUGCUAGUAAAAAACCCUUAAAUGAACCUACAUUUUUAAAUUUGUAAGUUUCGCUUGGCUGGAAAGUCGAAAAAAGUGCUUGAAACACAAUGCCAAAUUUGCCAAAUUGGCGGGAAAUUUAAAUAUUUAAAAUUGAAAACUCAAAGCGCAAGCUAAAAUGUUCCAUAGGUACUAAUGGUACUACAAAGAAUUCGUAUAAAAAUUUUGAGCUGAUUCUGAGAGUUGCAGAUUGGGUACUUUCCCUGUUAGUCCCACCUUACCCUAAUCCCACCAUACCUCAUCUUGCUCUAAUGCUCUUCUUGUUUUCAGUCUGAUGGCUACGCAGUCCGUGAACUGUUGCCAGUAUUGAAGUUGUUAUACGAUGGGAAUAAGCAAAACGUUUCUGAUGAAAGUGCCACCAAAACUCAACUUCAAGUCUUGAGGUCUGAAAUUUCAACCAAGGUGCGGUUUCUUUUUGUAAAAUACGUUCUUUGAAAUGUAUCAAAUGUUGAACUAGAGAUAAGGCAAGGGCUAUGAUCUAAGGCUCGAAUGUAUCCUGGUUAACUUACUGUGUUUUAGAGACAAGAAAUCCGGGACUGCAUCAACAAAGUGCUGGAGCUACCACAACAAAGUGCCACAUUAUAUGACUUGCUGGCCAAAGAAUUGGUGACGAGGGUAGGCUUCAAACUUCAAAGGGACUACUUUAAUCAAAAAACUCAUCAAAUCCUCAUUCCUAAUGAAGAAUGUCAUAAAAUUUUCAUUUCUAAUGAUUAUUACCUAAAAUCCUUCAGGAAGCUCGCACCAGAGCCCUCAGCCAAUCACUAAACGUUAGAGACGUCGAAACCACGUUAAGAACGAUGAUUGAGAACGUUCGAGAACAGUGGACUGAAAUCGAAAAUCGAAUGAAGAAUCUGGGAAGUGAUGAGAAGACUUUGGACGAAAAAAUCGACCGAAGAGAGAGAGAACUCGACCAGUUACACAAACGAUUGAUCAAACUGCAGGUAGGCUGGGUAAAAUACGCACUGAUAAUAAGACUAUUUUUACAUAAAGUGGCGAGAACUUUCUUUACAAAGCAUAAAGUGGCAACAACUUUCUUUACAAAAUUUAAAAUGGCAACAACUUUCUUUACAAAUCAUAAAAUGGCAAGAACUUUCUUUACAAAACAAAAACGAACUUACUUCGUAUAACUUGUCACCCGCAAGCUGCAAAACGGCCAAGUUCGGCCUAAGAAAUGAGGAACGCAAUAACUUUCUUUACAAAGCGAAAAAUAGCAAAAACUUUCUUUACAAAACAAUAAACAGCAAGAACUUUCUUUACAAUACAACAAAUGGCAAGAACUUUUUUUACAAAUCAUAAAAUGGCAAGAACUUUCUUUAUAAAACAAAAAAUAGCGAGAACUUUGUUUACAAAACAAAAAAUGGCAAGAACUUUCUUUACAAACUAAAAAAUUUAAAAAAUUAAAAUCCCAAAAAUCAAAAAAAAUUUUUAUUUAAAAAACUCGUAUGUAUUGAUCGAUGGUGAUGAAUAACUAGAGUCUUGAUGAUCCUAAUAGCGAUUCCUGCUGUGUUUUGGUUUGCAACAACACGAACAUAUCAAUACGGAAAUUAGUAGUACAACUAUACCCACGCCGGCGGCCACGAAGUACCAGUUUCUGAAAAAAAAAUUUCCGUAAAAAAAUUUUAAAAAAUUCAAAAAAUUUAGAAUUUUAAAACGGCGAAAAAAUGAAAAAGCAGGCCAAGCUAAACUUAAAACGGACUAGCUAAAAACUUAAAAUAAACAUACUCUUGAAGAACAUCAGUGAAUGUUCUCACGGUCGUAGUUCCAAAAAUCGUGUCCUAAAGUACAUAACAACUUUAGUAUGACCUUUUAAUCAGAUUCUAGGGGUGUUAGAAGUAAAGGUGGGGUGUUAGAGGUAGACAUGAGAAACGGGCCGGGCUUAUUUUUCAGACCGCCUCGAUCUAAAUUUUGCUCAAGAUCGGCUCGUUUCUCAUGUAUGGUUAGAGGUAAGGGUGGGGUUUCGAAGGUAUGGGCCAGUCAUUUUGGACUAGGGCUCUGGGCUAGGGCUCUGGGCUAGGGCUCUGAGCUAGGGCUAUGGGCUAGGGCUCUGGGCUAGAACUCUGGGCUAGGGUUCUGGGCUAGAGCUGAGGCUAAGGCUGGGCGAAACUUACCCUUCCAUAAUUAAUGCCGUCUCUUCCAAUUUGUUUUCCACUUUCUAUGAUAUCUUCAAACAUUAUUCUGACCGGUCGCUAGCUUUCGAAACUGAUAAAUAUUCAUUAUGUUGAAAUUUUUAAAAAUCUUCUCAAUCUACGUGAAUUUUCACAUUUAUUUUUAAAAAAAUUAAAAUUGUGAAUUUUUUUUGCUUAUUUAGCAAGAACUUUCUUUAAAAAAACAAAAAAUGGCAAAUUUCUGGUUUUUUUCGUAUAACUUGUCACUUGCAAGCUGCAACAGUCAGACAAGAAAAAUAUGGCCAAAAUAAUAAGAAACGCAAUAACUUUAUUUACAGAACAUAAAAUGGCAAGAACUUUCUUUACAAAACAAAAAAAUGGCAAGAACUUUCUUUACAACACAUAAAAAAUUCCAAAAAAUCAAAAUAAAAAAAUUUAUUUAAAACUCUCGUGUGUAUUAACCGGUGCCGAUGAACAUCUGAUGUUCUGAUGGUCUUCUACUGUUGUUGGUUCUUCUUUUUUGCUGCGCAGCAACAACACACUGACAAGACAAGGAUUAGGACAAGCACAGCCACACCGCCAGCCACAAAGUACCAAUUACUGAAAAAAAUAGGGUUUUAGGUAAAAAAAUUCAAAGAUUCAUUAAAAAUUUAAAAAAAAAUCACAAAAUUUUUUUGAAAAUUUUUUAAAGGUUUAAAAAUUAAUUUAAAAAAAAUGAAAAAAUAAAUAAAAAUUUCGAAAUUUCAAAAAAUUCAAGAAAUUUUUAAAAAUAAAAAAAAUCAAUAAAAAUUUGCAAAAUUUCAAAAAAUUUUUUCUAAAAAUUAAUUAAAAGUGUAAAAAAAUUUAAAAAAUUAAAAAUAAAAAAUAAAUAAAGAUUUCAAAAUUUCAAAAAAUUCGAAAUUUUUAAAAAUAAAAAAAAUCAAUAAAAAUCUACAAAAUUUAAAAAAAUUUUAAAAAAAAUUUUAAUUUCAAUAUUAAUGAAAAAUAUUAAAAAACCCAGCCAAAAAUUUAAAAAAUUGACAAAAAUGAAUUUAAAACAAGAUCAAAUAGACCUAGCCAAAAAAAAUAAACACUUAAAAAAAAACUCACUCUAUAAGAACAUCAGUGAAGGAUUGAUCGGCGGCGGUAGUUCCCAAAAGAUUGUCCUAAAAUAAAAAACGUUUUGGUAUAGCCUGUUGUGAGGUACAGGCUACUGUAGGUAAGGUAAUGUUAAGAGCUGAGGCUACGGUAAGGUAGAGACAGGCGCAUUUUUGAGUCAGGAGUAGACUAUAAAAUAAUGGUGGAUUUUUCUAGAUAGGGGUAGAGUUAUAAAAGGUAGACGUAAGAGUAAAGUUUUAAAGGUAAAGGCGGGGUUUUUAAGGUAUUUUAAGGGGGGGGGGUUUAAAAGUAAGUGGGGGGGGGGAAGAGAUUUUAAGGGUAAGGGUGGGGUUAUAAAGGUAAGGAUCGGUUUUUAGGGCAGGGUAAAGUAGUGAUUUUUAAGGUAAAGGCCGAUGAUUUAGGCAGGGUAAAAAUUUUUUAAAAAAAGCGUAAGGUUUUAAAGGCAAGUACGGGUUUUUAGGCUAAAGUAGUUAAAGUGCUCAACUUAAGGCUCUGGGCUAGGGCUCUGGGCUAGGGCUCUGGGCUAGGGCUCUGGGCUAGGGCUCUGGGCUAGGGCUCUGGGCUAGGGCUCAGGGCUAGGGCUCUGGGCUAGGGCUCUGGGCUAGGGCUCUGGGCUAGAGCUCUGGGCUAGAGCUCUGGUCUAGGGCUCCGGGCUAGGGCUCUGGUCUAGGGCUCCGGGCUAGGGCUCUGGCCUAGCGCUCUAGGCUAAGGUUAAGGCUCUGAGCUAGAACUGGAAUAAAAACUUACUCGUCCUAAAUUCACACCAUCUUUUCCAAGUUCUUUUCCUCUUUCGACGAGCUCAUCAAAUUCGACCAUUCUGACCGGUCGCUAAGUUCCGAAACAGAUAAAUAAAACUAAGAUUUCGGCUUUUAUAGCCACUUUUUACGUGACUUUUUCACAUUUAAAAUUUCGAAAAAUUUGAAUAAAUUAUUGUAUUUUGAAAAUAUUUAGAAAGAACUUUCUUUACAGAACAAAAAACGGCAAGAACUUUCUUUACAAAUCAAAAAAUGACAAGAACUUUCUUUACAGAACAAAAAAUGGCAAGAACUUUCUUUACAACUUAUAAAAUGGCAAGAACAUUCUUUACAAAACAAAAAACGGCAAGAACUUUCUUUACAAAACAAAAAAUGGUAAUUCAUUCGUAUAACUUGUCACCCGCAGACUGCAGGAAAGCUAUAUAUUUUUAUAUUUUAGUCCUUCCGCCCACCUCACAUGGACGAGUACGAACGUCAAGAAGCUCGGCUACAAUCCCUCUACAACGAAUACAUUUUACAAUUUCGAAAUCUGACAUAUUUAAACGAGAAACUGUUGGAUGUGGAGAGGACGGAGAAAGAAAAAAGCGAAGAAGCCGAGCGAUCCAUGAGGCUUACGGUAGAAAAGAUGAAGGAUGACAACAAGAGAUUGCCUCAAUUGAGUGGAGCGGAGAUGGAGAAUGUAAAGCAGAAUGGUAAGGCUAUAGUUAGCUAUGGUUAGGUACGGCCCAGCCCAAGGUCGAACUGGGUCUAUUGUAAGCCUUAUUGCUUGGGGACAGAGGAGGAGGAGGGGGGGGGGUAAAGAAUUUUUUUUAAUUGAAUGUGGUCUUCCCUGUGGAUUCUCUCGGCUCCUGUCACGAGACUAAAAGUGCGCGCUCGGUCCUGGCUACAGUAAUCAUUAUUGUCAAGCUUAAGAGUAAGGUACGGAAAAACAGAAGCUUGGGUAGAAAGCAGGGUAGGGGGUGAUGACAACAGUAGAGUCAUGUUAAUUCAAGGUAUGCCUAGGACUGGAUGGGGGGUUUUAUAGAGGCUAUUGAAGCGGCCAAUAAUGCUGUAGGGGCUAAGGCAGAUUACGGCUAAGGUAAGCUAGAAUACAGUAAGAUAAGAUAAAGUUGGGUUGGGUAGGGUAAGGUAGAUCAAUUUAAAACAAACUAAUCUAGGAUAGAGUAGGGUAGGGUAGGGUAGGGUAGGGUAGAGUAGGGUAGGGUAGGGUAGGGUAGGGUAGGGUAGGGUAGGGUAGGGUAGGGUAGGGUAGGGUAGGGUAGGGUAGGGUAGGGUAGGGUAGGGUAAGGUAGGGUAGGGUAAAGUAGGGUAGGGUAGGGUAGGGUAGGGUAGGGUAGGGUAGGGUAGGGUAGGGUAGGGUAGGGUAGGGUAGGGUAGGGUAGGGUAGGGUAGGGUAGGGUAGGGUAGGGUAGGGUAGGGUAGGAUAGGAUAGGGUAAAGCUUCAGCAUGGUAAAACUAAUGCUCCUUCUUCUAGUCAUCAAAUUCUAUGGCAACAUGACUGGCGCUGGAGUAUCAGAUGAUGAAGAUGAUGACGAUUACGAUGAGAAUGUUGAUGACAUGAAGAUCAACGAGCUUGAUGAUGUUGAUACGACUGAUGACGAGCUUGAUAACGAUCAAUCAAUGACUAGAAGACGGGAUCGUCAACAGACUUUGAAUUGGAAUGACAAUGUUGUGAAUGACAGUCAAGGGUUUGAAGAAAAUGGCAUUGAAAAGAGGCAGGACAGUGAGAAGAUCGAUGAUAAUGACAGUGAUGACAACUUUUAA